AGUCACACGGACUAGAAAGAUCCUCUGUUAUUCCCUUGCAUUGACGUCAGCGUUACUCGUUCUGCGACUCGGCGUGAACACCGGUUCGCAAGAACGUUUUAUUAAACCGAAGGGGAACAAGUGCAUCCGGAUAAGGCAGCUCUUAUUCGGCAGAGAAAAAUCGACCCGGCAUAAUGUCACCCGUAUACUGUUAGUGACUCAAAUGCGGUCCGGGUCGUCAUUCGUGGCCCACCUCCUGACGCAGUCUCCUACGACUUUCUACACAGAAGAACCUGCCAGGGAGUUCUUCGGCCAAGACAGCGUCUCCGCCAGAGACCAAGGGCGGGAUGUCCUCGAUAUCCUGAGGGACAUCCUUCUGUGCAAUUUUUCCAUCAGGCCUCACUAUUUCGCCAAAAGGAUUUCGGGAACACAUUUUCACAAUCGAGACAACAUCAAACUGUGUCUGAGCGUCAACAGCCUCUGCUGGGACCCAGCUACCGAUUCGGCCUUGUGCAGCGCCGCCAAUGUGCAUCUGCUCAGACUGGUGGCCGUAGACCUAGGGGACCUUUCGCCCCUUCUCAAAGAACGUGACUUGAACUUGAAGAUCGUUCAUUUAGUGAGAGAUCCUAGGGGUGUCGUAGCCUCUAGGCAUCGCCUGAUAGAGGACGUCCCAUCUCUGGGCGAGGAUCUGACGAACGUUACUGCGAUAUGCGGGAGGUACAGCCGAGAUCUCAACGAAUCCUCGAUUAUUGCCAAAGAUUAUCCCAAUAGGUACACCCUCCUCAGGUACGAGGACAUGACCAAACGAACGGAGAUAAACGCCCGCCAGAUGCACCACUUCCUCGGCAUCCCUUACACGAAUCUCGUGGCGAGACACGUAGCCGAUCACGCCCUCGGCCUCGUUCCCGAAGAUUCGCAUCCGUAUGGCCUAAGCAGGAACGGAACCGCAGCGCCGUUCCGUUGGCGUCGAGCGAUGCCGUUUCAUCUGGUCAAGACCGUGCAAGACGAGUGCUCGAGGGUCCUGCACGCCUACGGAUACAGAGUUUUUCGUUCCGAGUCCGAACUUCGAGAUGAGGCCUUGGCGCCUUUGGUUCCGAUGCUGCCUGGAUUUCAACAUCUCAAGAGGUACGCGGCUGGAGGCAGAGCUUGAGAGGGAGGUCA